UUUUCUUUCCUUACUGUUCAAUGGAGAUGUUUUACUCCUUUCUUUCAUUGCUUCUCCUUUUGUCCUCCCUCGUUAUUCUAGUUCGACAAUGGAGAAACAAAAACCAAAGGUUGCCACCAGGUCCGUGGAGACUUCCCCUUAUUGGAAGUCUGCAUCACUUAAUCGGACGAGACGUUCCACAUCGUACUCUUAGAAGUUUAGCACAAAAAUAUGGGCCUCUUAUGUACUUGCAACUUGGGCAAGUUCCUACGAUUAUCGUAUCAUCACCUAGUAUUGCGAAACAAGUUGUAAAAACUCACGAUCUCGCCUUCUGUAAUAGGCCACAAUCUACAUCCACAAACAUCAUAUUUUACAAUCAAAAAGACAUUGCAUUUGGCCAAUAUGGUGAAUACUGGAGACAAAUGCGUAAAGUUUGUACAAUAGAACUUCUUAGUGCGAAGAUGGUCAAGUCAUUUGGUGCAAUUCGACAAGAUGAGCUUUCAAGUCUCAUUUCAUCAAUCCGUUCAAUGAGGGGUUCUCCAGUCAAUAUAACAGAAAAAAUAGUCCAGUUUACAAACUCAGUUACUUGUAGAGCAGCCUUCGGGAAAAUGUUCAAAGAUCGAGACGAGUUAAUAAAACUUAUCAAGGAAGUACUCUUAUUAGGAGCGGGAUUUGAUGUGGCUGAUUUGUUCCCUUCAUGGAAAUUACUUCACAAACUAAGUGGUGCGAAAUCUAGAUUGGUGAAUGCACAUCAAAAGGUUGAUAAAAUUAUGGAGGACAUUCUAAAUGAGCAUAUUGAAAAUAAAGAAGCAGGGAACAAGGGAAUUGGUGAGUUUGGAGGUGAAGAUUUGGUUGACAUUUUCCUAAGAAUUAAGGAGAACGCUGAACUACAAUUUCCAAUCACAAAUGACCACAUUAAAGCAGUGAUUUUUGACAUCUUUACUGCUGGAACAGAAACUUCAUCUACAACUAUUAUUUGGGCAUUAUCGGAAAUGAUGAAGGACCCAAAUAUUAUGGCUAAGGCCCAAAGUGAAGUGAGACAAGUCUUCAAGGGAAAGAAAAGUUAUGGUGAAGAAGAUCUUGAGAAGUUGACAUACCUAAACUUAGUGAUUAAGGAGACACUAAGGCUUCAUACUCCAAUUCCUCUUUUGCCCAGAGAAUGUAGGGAGCAAACAUAUAUUGAUGGAUACAGUAUACCUCUUAGGACUAGAGUGUUAGUCAAUGCAUGGGCACUUGGGAGAGAUCCCGAAAGUUGGCAUGAUCCCGAAAAUUUUAUACCAGAAAGAUUUCAGAACUCUUCUAUUGACUAUAUGGGAAAUCACUUUGAGUUUAUUCCAUUUGGUGCAGGAAGAAGGACUUGUCCAGGAAUGCUAUUUGGUUUAGCUAAUGUUGGACUUCCAUUGGCGCAAUUACUCCCCCAUUUUGAAUGGGAGCUCCCAUAUGGAACUAAUCCAAAAGAUUUGGAUAUGACUGAAACACAUGGAUUAAGUGCAACAAAACGAAAAGAUCUAUAUUUAGCUGCCACAAAUCAUUAUAAAGAAUUCUGAUAUGUUGUUUGAAAUGGUGAAAUGUCAUGAGCACGACUUACACAAAUUCUUCGUCUCCAUCAUUUUGAAGAGCGCCAAGAAAAUGGCCAAUGAAUAACAUCAUCCAUAGUUGGUUGCACGGUUUUGCUUCAAUCCGUCAGACCAAAUAAUCUGUUCCCCAAUUUAUCUUUUAGA